AUGAAAAAUGGCAUAAUUUUAGAAUAAUAUGAAGACGAGGAUGAAUACGAAGUAAAUAGUUUUGUUUGAUUCAGAUUCAAGAGGAAAAACAGAGGUAAGAGAGGAAGGAAUACCUCAGAAGGAUGUAACAAUUGAUUUUCGAUGAAACUUAUUAUGACAUGACCUUACAAUAAAAUACAGAAUCUCAAAUAACAUAUGAAUAUUUAAUUGAUUUGGAUAAUGAAUUUUACAUAGAUUACACUCACUAUAUACCUGCCCCGAGUAGUUAGAUUAAACUAAGACCAAUGAACGAAUUACAGUUAGCAUACAUUUAUGUUGAUGAGUAAUUAGAAAUUAAAUUAGGUACCCUUUGUUGAAAUUGAGGAGAAUGUUAAUGAUAAAAUUUUAAUCGAUUAGAUAUCUAAUGAAAUAUUUAAUAAAUCUCAAAACAUUCUAAUUGAUACUGAUGGUAACCAUUAUUUUGAACUCUCUGUGCUUGGCAUUAGAACAAGAUCAAUAUGAGAUUAUCUUUAUUAUUUGUUAUUCAGCGGAAGCUAUUUUCAAGAUGUUGGCAUUGGUUAACAUAUAAUAAAUAAUUGUAGGGUUUGUAUAUGAAGAGAGACGCAUACUUCCGAGAUUUCUGGAAUGUAAUUGACUUUUUAAUUUUGGUAUUUUAAUAUUUGCCUUAUUUUGUGAACAUAAAGUUCAAUUUUAAUGCCUUAAGGACAAUAAGAAUAUUGAGAUCUCUGGAUGCAGGUUAGAGUAUUCCUGCUUUGAAAGUAAUAUUGACCUCGUUAUUUUAAUCAGUUUAUCAAUUGAAGGACGCAUUGAUAGUUUUAGUGUUCUCAUAUUCAAUAUUUGCAAUUGUGGCUCUCCUGCUAUUCGGAGGAGGCUUAAAGAGAAGGUGCGUUAAUUUGGAAACAGGGAUUCCUAAAAAUGACGAGGUGUGUUCACAAUGUAUUGGAGAAUUUGAUUGUGUUAAGUAGAUAGCCAAUCCUUUUAAUGACUUAAUCAACUUUGACACCUUUGGAUGGUCACUAAUAUAAGUGUUUAUAUGCACCUUACUUGAGAGUUGGUCCUAAAUAUUGGAUUACACAAUAGCAGCAUAUAAUGAAGCAGUUUAUAUAUACUUCUUUAUGGUGGUGAUGGUAGGAGGGUUCUUCUUGGUCAAUUUGACAUUAGCUAUAAUUAAACUUAACUUUUCGAAUAAUCAGAAAUAAAUUAUAUCACCUAUCUUAGAAGAAAGCUAUGAUUACUGGGAAUUGAGGAUCAUGGGAAUAUAUGAGCCAUCUAAAUUGCAAGCACAGGCAGCUAUAAGAAGGAAGAGCGAUGCUCAGUUUACAUUUAGAGAGAGAUCCUAAAGAAUAUAAACUAAAAUCAAACAUCGAACUACCAAAUAUCCAAGCCAAGCUUAGAGUUCUAAUCUAAAAAUUCAUCCUAUUAAAUUUGCAGACAAUUUCAGCUCUCCAUUCACAAAACAAGACAAGAAGUUUAUGGGCAUCUAUGGAAUGGGAAAGAAGUUGCAACCAAUUAUUGGGGGUGUUACUCCCUCCAACCAAAACAACCAUAAACUGAAUAUCAAUUAAGAAUAACGAGGAUAUUCCAUUCUUCAAAGUCCUAUUGAUCAAAAUAUUAGUUUCUCCUAUAAUAUCUCGCCAGAUAAUAAAUUGGGCAAUAUUUUUUUUAGUCAAUCCAAUAGAUCUCUUCUGAAAGAUAAUUAAAUAAGACAAUUAUCAAGUAAAUCAAUUCUAAAUAAUAACAAUAAAUCUCCAAAUAAUCGCUCUCGAAAUACUACUCCUUAAAAUUAAAGAAAUGACCUUAAUGUUGGAUCUCCAAAAUCUCAAUUCAGUAAAUAAAUUGUACGAAAAGUAAGACCUUCAAUAUCAGAAUCUGAUUAAAUGCUCGUUAACGAUCUCAAGAUUAUUGGAUAACAUCAAUCUAAAAAAACUAUCACCACACCCAAAGACACUGAUGAGCAACUCUUAGACUUCUACUCUUAGGCUCAUAAUAAUGUUUUAACCAAUGAAAAUUAAAGCAAUGGACUCCUAACUCCAAAUAAUUAACUGAGCCAACUAAAUCCUACCGCCUUUAAUAGAACUCUUAUGCAACAUGGCACUUACGCCCCACGAACUUCUCAAUAAAUAUAAAUGCUUUAAGAUGUGAAAUAGAGAUCUUUUAAUGUUAAGAAUAGAUAACUAGAAAUGGUUAAAAAUGAUGUGUCCAUUUUGGAUAAGAGUGAAAAUUCUAUCAUCAAUUCUAUACCUAGUGAAAUAGUUGAAUAAGAAUUAAUGGAUUUAGGCAUCUUGGAUUUUAAUUUAAUGAAAAAAUCAAAAUCUGAAAUGCCAGUGAAUCCAUUUUCUAAAAUUAAUUUUGUUCGCAGGAAGAAACCUCGCUUCACAAGGAAAACUAUGAAGAAAUCAACUUAUUUAAGUAAGACAUUCAAUUCAGCAAAUGAUGAUAGAUAUCAACAAUUAAAAAUCAAAUUAUUUAAAACUAAAUUCCAUAAAGAAGUUUCAUUUUAGCCUUACAAUUCAAAUUCAGAAUUAGAUGUAUUAGAAGUUUAACAGAUGAAUAAAAUACAAUAGAACAUUAAGAACAAUGAAGAAAUUAAUAGAAAAAUCAGGAAGUAAGUUAAAUACGUAUUUUCUAAUUAACAAACUCAAUUUUUUUAAGACAGAUCUUCCUCAAAAAUACAUCCAUCAACUGUUCAAAUAAAAAGUACAACUGCAAAACGCUCCUAAAAGUAAGUUAAAUUCUAAGACUAGGAGGAACAACAAUAAUAUAAAAAAAUGAUUUAACAUGAACAAAAGCUAACAUUUUAAGAAGCUUAAUUAUUAAUCAGAAAAGAAGUCCAGGCUGUGGAUUUAGAAUAAUAUGGCUAAGUUGAAAUAUAAUAUGAUCUCAAAGAACAAUUACGUUAUCUUAACUAUGAUCAAAUUACAAUCACUACCAGCACUAAUUAUUAAGAAUAUGUAAAAUUAAUGGUAUAUCUAUUAUUUCGAUUAUUUACUAGUCUGAAGCCAGUUCGUAACAAGAAAUAGUAUAGCAAUCUUCAAUUGAAGACGUUCUACUUAUGAGUGAUUAUAUAGAUUCAUAAACAGUUGCAUUAAUGAAUAAAAUAAUGCAAGCAUUAAAUUAUACUCUAAAUAUUUAUGAAAUCUGGUUACCAGGAGUCUCUGGUAUUAUUAAGGUGAUUAGAGUUAAAUUACUAAAUCUAAUUUAGAGUGAAUAUUUUAAUCGAUCAAUUAAUUUGUGUGUUGCAUUCAAUACUAUUGUAUUAGCUUUAGACGGGUUGGUUACCAAUGAUAAUUUACUCUCUAAUUUUAACUUGGCAUUCACCAUUAUCUUUAUAAUUGAACUUGGAUUGAAAUUGAUAGGAUUAGGAAUUAAAUAGUACCUUAAGGAUAAAUUUAAUAUUUUUGAUGCCUUUAUUGUUGGAAUCAGUUUAUAUGAGGUAAUUAUCAAUUAAGAGGGUGGAGGAAAAUCUGGAUUUAGUGCAUUGAGAUCGUUACGAAUCUUUAGAGCUUUGAGGGUGUUGAGAAUUUCUAAGUUAAUCAGAUCCCUCAAGUUUAUGGGAUUUUUAUUAAAAGUAUUGGGUAAUGCUUUUGAAUAAAUACUAUGGAUGUUCAUCUUGAUGCUUUUCUUCCUUUAUACAUUCACUAUUUUAGGGUUUUCAUUAUUUUAAGGAUAGAUUUCAGAUUAAGAUUAUAGAUAUACCUUUAAUUCAUUUAUUAUUUCAUUUGAGACUGUCUUUUAGUUAUUUACUAUUUCAAAUUGGAGUGAUGUACUUUAUUCUUUAUUCUUGUCUGAUGCUAACAACAUUGUUGUAUUUCUAUAUUUAGUUAUAUGGAUUGCAAUAGGCAACUAUGUUUUUUUAAACCUAUUUCUGGCAGUGCUAUUGGAUAAUUUCGAGGCUGAGUAUAGAAGAGAUAAAGACUAAAUAGAUAAUAAUAUAAUUAUUGGCAGAGAUUAGAUCUUUGAAUCUGCAAUAUCUUCGAAACCUCAAGCCAGUAGAAAGUCUAGUAAAUCAUCAAUACAAGAUGAUGUUGAAGAGUAUUAGAAAUUAUAAACUCAACGUUUUAUAUACUUUUCAGAGAAAGGUAUAGGAGAGUAUGCUUUAAUGGUAUUCUCUUAGGAAAGUACUUUCAGAAAACUGUGCUAUAGGGCUGUGAAGGAUAAAAUAUUUGAUUUAUUUAUUCUGAUUUUGAUUUUAAUUUCAAGUGCUAAACUCAUUUUGGAUACUUAUACUUUAGGUGAUUCUUAUGAUAUUGUAUCUUAUUGGUUAGAUUUUUCAAUGGUUAUUUUAUUUGGUUCAGAAGCAGUUUUAAAAAUAAUUGCAUUUGGAUUUAUUGGAGAUGAGCUUAGUUAUUUACGUAAUUCUUGGAAUGCUCUUGAUUUCAUCAUUUUAAUAGGAUCAAUAGUAGACAUCAGUGUGGCAGCCAUAGAUUUAAGUUAUUUAAAGAUACUGAGAUUGUUUAGAACAUUGAGGCCAUUAAGAUUUGUAUCUCAUAAUCGAUCAAUGAAGAUUAUUGUAUCAGCACUAUUACAAUCUGCAGAUGGCAUUCUAAAUGUUGCAAUAGUCAUAAUACUUGUUUGGAUGAUGUUUGCCAUAAUUGGAAUUAAUUUUGCCAAAGGGAAGCUGUAUUAUUGUGAUAUGGGGGAUGGAGUAAUGCAUUAUGUCACUAAAGAAUAAGUAAAUAAGAAUGUAAUUAUAUUAGUGUGAGGGAGCAUGGAGAAUAUAUGAUAGUAAUUUUGAGAACAUCUUUUCAGGGAUGUUAACUUUGUUUUGUUUGAGCACUUUAUUGGACUGGCCAGAUCAAUUAUUGUAUUUUAAGGAUGGAACUGAAAAUGGUUUAGUGAAGGAUAGUUCCCCUGAAUUUUUUUUAUUCUUCUUGACUUUUAUCCUGAUUGGGUCGAUUCUCCUUAACAAUUUAUUUAUCGGAGUUAUUUUAGUUAAUUUUCACAUUGCUGAAGAAAAAGCCAGAGAUUCUUCUCUUACUCAGGAUUAGAUUUAAUGGAUUGACACUCAAAAGUUGAUCAUUGAGUCCAAACCUGAUUUAAGUUUGUACUAUAUGCCAAAGAACAAGAUCCAAGCAUUUUUCUUCAAGAUUGUAAAAGCCAAAAAAUUUGAUGUAAUAAUUUCAGUAUUCAUCAUCAUUAAUAUUGUUGUAACUGGAAUGUAUAUGGAUGGUAAUUUAUAUUAUUAUUAAUAGAUGCUAAUCUUGAGUAUCUAUAUGCAAUUGAUUAAAUUAAUUUCGCAAUAUCAAUCAUUUUUUGUUUAGAAGCAACUCUUAAGAUACUUACAUUUGGUCCAUUAGCCUAUUUUAAAGUAAAUUGGAAUUAAUUUGAUUUUGUUAUUGUAGUUAUAUCCAUUAUUGAUUAUGUAACAAAUGAAAGUGGGUUAUCUAUAGGAAAAGGGUUUAGAAUUUUAAGAGCUAUAAGAUUAUUAAGAUUAGUCAAAUAAUUUAAGGGGCUCAAGAAACUAAUAGAUACUGCAGUAUUUUCAAUUCCUGCAAUCAUCAAUGCAGCUGCUUUAUAUUUCUUGAUCCAUUCAAUUUUUUCAGUUUUGGGAGUGUUUUUGUUUUCAGAUAUUAGGAGUGGGAAAAUCAUAUCUGAUACUAACAACUUCUCAGAUUUUCAUCAUUCAUUCAUAUUGUUGUUCCUUUCUUAAACAGGAUUGGAUUGGAAUAGGAUUAUGUAUGAUACAAUGAAUAAUGGUUCAAAUUUUAAUGCUUUAUUUUGGGUUGUGUUCAUUUUGAUUUAAAAUUUUGUUAUGCUUAAUCUUUUUAUCCUUAUUGUAUUAGAUUAAUAUGACAUAAAUUAUUUUCAUGAAGACAACCCACUCAAUAGAUUUGAUGAGUACCAAAACAAAAUGCUUGAUGUUUGGACUCGAUUUAGUUCUGAUGGAGCAAUAAUUAGUUAGAAUAAAUUGACUGAUCUGGUUCUUUAAUUACCAAAACCAUUGGGUUUAGACAUCAACAAAUCCAUGCAAAAGGGCGUAGAGGAUUGGAAAAACAUCAAUCCAUAACAUACCUAAGAAGAAAUUAAUUAACUUAAAUUUAAUAUACAGGCAGAUUUGAUAAGGAAUACACUAUUCAAAAUUAUGGAUAUGCAACUCAAAUGCGAUACUUAGGGCAAUAUUCCUUAUAAUUUGGUCUUGUUUGCUGUUAUAAAGGAGGCUUAUUUAGAAAAACUUGAAAUUAAUUUAACUGAAGAAGGAGGAAGAAAACUUAUGAUGAAAGAAAUGGAAACAAGAUCAGAAAUCGAAGAAGAUUAUGGAGUUGAUUUAGAUUAAGAUGUGAAUCCUUUGGUUUCUUAUUUGUAUGCCUAAACAUGUUUUAGGGCAAUGUAGAGAUUUGUUGAAAUUUCUAAAAAUAAAUUGAUUGAUAAUGGAAUUUCAUUUUUAGCAAAAACUGAUUCAUCUCUAGAUUUUGAAGAGUAUUUAGACAAUGAUUUAUCAAAAGAUGAGUAUGAAAAACCCGAUUAUGAAGAAGUUUAUUUUGUUGAAAUUCCUGUAAAUAAUAAAAUUUAUAAUGGUGAAUAAUACAAAGUGCAAAUUGCACAAGAAGAAUAAAGCAGAGAUGAAAUUUCAAGUAAACAAGUAAUAGAUGAUUAAAACGAUGCCGAAGAAGUAGAAGAUUACAAAUUAUAAAUAAUUGAUUUUAAUAAGUAUUUAGGAGAUUGA